UUUAAAGGCCAGACUGCAUGUAGCUGCUCAUAACCGUGUACAUAAACGCAUGAGGCAGGGUACAAAUUUAUCAAUCUCUGCUCUUUCAGUCCUGUGCCACCCAACCAAACAAAGCCGUCGUUGCACAUAUGCCCGCCAUGAUGGCACAUCUCCUGCCAUUAGCGCUGCUGCUGCUGUUCCUCCUACAAAUCAAGCUCGUGGCAAUAAGCUCGCUUCUCCCUUCGGCUGGUACGUUCGCCAACCACACCACCAUAAUACCUGUUCGAUGCUUGCCGGACGAGGCGUUGGCACUGCUCCGGCUGAAACUUUCCUUCACCGCCUCCGAUGAGUCCGUCGUGGCCUUUCAGUCGUGGAAGGCCAGCACGGACUGCUGCAGUUGGGAGGGCAUCCACUGCAGUGGCACUAGCGGCCACGUCAUUUCUCUGGAUCUGGGUGAUCGUGGCUUGGAGAGUAACCAUCUCCAUUCUGUGCUCUUCGAUCUGACCUCCCUCAGGUGUCUCAACCUGGGUGGAAACAACUUCAGUCUUUCCAAAAUCCCAUCCACCGGGUUUGAGAAGCUCACCAGUCUCACCCAUCUCAACCUCUCCAACUCCAACUUCGCGGGACAAGUGCCAGCCUAUAGCAUUGGCCGCCUCACGGAUUUGGUCUCUCUCGACCUGUCCUUCAAUUCUGAAAUUAUUGAGCUGUUUGACGCUGGUUACGUCGUUUAUGGUGAUUGGACCAACCUGCAUCAGCUCACACUGCCUAACUUUACAGCCUUGGUUGCCAAUCUUACAAAUUUGGAGGAGCUCCAUCUUGGUAUGAUUGACAUGUUCGUUCAAGGAGACGAGUGGUGCAAUGCUCUAGCCAAGUACACACCAAAUCUCCGUGUUCUUAGCUUGCCCUUUUGCUGGCUCACUGGCCCCAUUUGUGGAUCGCUCGCUGGUUUGCAAUCACUAUCUAUUGUCGAUCUCCAGUUCAAUCGGUUGACCGGUCCAAUUCCAAAAUUCUUUUCCAACUUCUCCUCUUUGACUGUUCUCCAACUAAGCUAUAAUCACCUUGAAGGUCGUUUUCCUUCAGUAAUCUUUCGACAUAAAAAACUAGUGACUAUUGAUCUUCGCGCUAAUUACAACAUAUCAGGUAAUCUACCGAAUUUCUCAACUGAUAGUAGUCAGCUUGAAAAUUUGCUUGUGGGGCGCACCAAUUUCUCCGGUACAAUACCAACUUCAAUUAGCAAUCUCAAAUGUUUGAAGAAACUAGGGCUUGAUGUGAUAGGUUUUGCUGGAGAGCUGCCCUCAUCAAUUGGUAGGCUUAGAUCCUUGAAUUCAUUGCAGCUCUCUGGGUUAGAACUAGUAGGAUCUGUACCAUCAUGGAUCACAAACUUAACAUCCCUGGAGGUUCUAGAAGUUUCCCACUGUGGCUUAAAUGGACCAAUACCUUCUUCCAUUGGUGAGUUGAACAAACUGAGGAAACUGGCACUAUAUAAGUGCAAUUUUUCAGGAAAAAUACCUUCAGGUAUAUUGAACUUAACUCAACUAGAUACUCUCCAACUUCAUUCAAACAAUCUCAUUGGCACAAUGCAACUUAACUCGUUAUGGAAACUGCAAAACCUAUCUGAUUUGAAUCUCUCAAACAACAAACUGAAUGUAAUAGACCAAGAAGAUAAUUCUUCAUUGACAUCCUUCCCCAAUAUUGUCUAUCUAGGUUUAGCAUCAUGUAACAUAAAAAAAUUCCCAAACAUUCUGAGACACUCAAAUGGGAUAUGUGGAGUUGAUCUAUCAAGUAACAUGAUUCAUGGGGCCAUACCCCAGUGGGUUUGGGAGAAAUUGACAGACCAUGACCUUUUCUUUUUGAACUUAUCGCACAAUGAAUUUACUACCAUUGGGUAUGACACCUUCCGUCCUUUUUCUGCAUCGAUAUUUGACCUCAGUUUUAACAUGUUUGAGGGUCCAAUACCUAUACCCCAACACUCUGAGGUCCUUGAUUACUCAAGGAACCAUUUCUCAUCCAUGCCUCUUAAUAUUUCUACGCAACUCGAUGGAACUUACUACUUCAAGGCAUCAAGAAACCACCUCUCAGGGAACAUCCCACCAUAUUUUUGUAACACAUGGCUAGAAAUUCUUGACCUUUCUUACAAUAACCUCAAUGGUUCUAUCCCGUCAUGCCUAAUGGAGGAUGCAAAUGCAUUGCAAGUUCUGAAUCUAAAAGAAAAUCAACUUUAUGGAGAGUUACCACAUAAUAUCAAUGAAAGUUGCAUGUUUGAGGUACUAGACUUCAGUGGCAACCGGAUUGAAGGACAGUUACCUAGAUCUCUAACUUCUUGCCAAUACUUGGAGGUCCUUGAUAUUGGAAACAAUCAAGUUAGUGAUUCUUUCCCAUGUUGGAUGAUGGCACUAUCCAGACUUCAAGUCCUUGUACUAAAUUCUAACAAGUUAUUUGGACAACUAUCACCUUCUACCGGCGAUGAGAAAAACACUUGUGAGUUUCGAAGUCUGCGGAUCCUUGAUCUGGCCUCCAACAAUUUAUCAGGGACACUCACAGGAGAUUGGUUUAUUAGAUUGAAGUCCAUGAAGGUUGAAGCUGCAAAAGAGACAUCAAUCAUGGAAUAUAACGGCUAUCAACACCCAGCAUAUCAAGUUAACACCGUGCUCACAUACAAAGGGUCUUACAUGUUCUUUUCCAAAAUAUUAACAACCCUUGUAUUCAUUGAUGUCUCAAACAAUGCAAUGCAUGGUAGCAUCCCUGGAGCUAUUGGAGAACUUUAUUUGCUGCAAGCGCUCAACAUGUCACACAACUCCUUCACGGGACAGAUUCCAUCUCAGUUCGGUCGUUUGCACCAAGUGGAGUCUUUGGACCUCUCAUCAAAUGAUAUUUCAGGAGAGAUUCCACAGGAGAUAUCAUCUAUCGACUUCUGACAACACUGAACUUGUCAAACAACAUGUUGGAGGGAAGGAUACCAGAAUCGCUUCAUUUCUCAACAUUCACUAAUAGCUCAUUUAUGGGGAACACUGGGUUAUGUGGGUCCCCACUAUCAAAACAAUGCAGCAAUGAUACAUCACCCAGUUUGGUGUUGCAUACUUCAGACAGGAUAUCAAUAGAUAUUAUACUAUUCCUUUUUGUUGGACUGGGAUUUGGCGUGGCAUUCGCAGUUGUCAUUGUUGUCAUAUGGGUGCACCCCUUUAGAAAGAAAACAUAAACGACCACUUGGGAUAAGAAAAUGUAUGUACACUAUGAGACAUGUGUACAUCAUUUGUAAUAGUUUUAGCUCUAUUAUUUUGUGUUGCCAACGAUCUGUUGUGCUGAUAUAGCUUGAGCUCAUGGGCAUGCUACCUUUGUGUAUGUAUGGUUCCGUCCAAUCAUCUAUAGUAGCAUGAAUGUAAUAAUGAAUGCUUUGAGAAGUACCUGGUA